AUGAAAGAAUUGAACAUGGUGACGAUUAUGAAUGCUGUUGUCAUAGUGUUAAAUUGUUUCUUAAAUCUGGGAAUAUCAGAAGAGGGAAAAUUGCAAAUUCAAAAUAAAAACCUAAUCGAAAGCAAGGACGUCAUAAUCAACGGGAAUUUUAACAGUUUUUCCACUGCUUUGUUACGCAUUGAAGCGAAGCCCAUUAGUUGA